UACUUAAACGAGAUAGAUGCUCCCAUUCUUCUUCUGCAUCACAAAAACAGAUAUUAAGAAAAGUUUGGUCAUCAUAUAUCAAAUCUCAAAACAGAGUGAGACUUUUGACUUUUCUCUUUGCGAUCGAAGAUGGCCGAUGCUUUCACGGAUGAGCAGAUCCAAGAGUUCUACGAAGCCUUCUGUCUCAUCGACAAAGAUUCCGAUGGGUUCAUCACGAAGGAGAAGCUAACGAAGGUGAUGAAGUCCAUGGGGAAGAACCCAAAGGCGGAACAACUGCAACAGAUGAUGAGCGACGUCGACAUCUUCGGCAACGGUGGCAUCACUUUUGAUGACUUCUUGUAUAUUAUGGCUCAAAACAGUUCUCAGGAAUCGGUCUCGGAUGAGUUAAUAGACGUAUUCAGAGUGUUCGACAAAGACGGAAACGGUUUCAUAUCUCCACUUGAGUUGGGAGAAGGAAUGAAGGACAUGGGGAUGAAGAUAACUGCGGAAGAAGCUGAGCAUAUGGUUCGUGAAGCCGAUCUCGACGGCGAUGGUUUUCUUUCUUUGCACGAGUUCUCUAAAAUGAUGAUCGCAGCCUCUUAUUAGCAGUUUUCAUGAAAAUGCCAUGAUAUAAGAGUUUGUUUUUUGCACUUACCAACUACUACGUACUUUUCAAUAUAUUGAAAGAAAAUUUCCUAUCAUAUGUUUUUUUCCAAAUUUUUCCCAUCAUAUAAAUAAAAGUGUGUGUCAACUCAA